UUAACGCGACUAAUAUCGGAAUGUAUCCUCUUCCCUUUAUUGCUUACUUCUGGUCUUUAAAAUCGACUCUAAUAUGUCUACAAUCCAGCCGAACUAUGUGUGCUUUUUCACAUGAGCGGUUUCCCUCACGUUAGCCUGCUCAGGCACAUUCCCCGCCUGCUAUAGCGGACUUGCUGCUUAGCAGGCUAGCUCGCAGAUGCUAGCCUCACAUUGGUGUCCUCGAUUCCGAUAAGAAACUAAAUGUAUAUUCUUCGUAAAUGUGUCAAUGGGUGCAGAUCGUUUGAGUACUACUUGAUUUAUUGCUUGAUAGUGACUUGUUUGUGAAAGUCAUAGUAGCUGUUGAGCUAACGUGAAUGCCAUACAUCUGUGUCGCUUUUAUGGGAGCUGAAGCAUGGAUGCAGUUCUGAGCAGGCUGAGGGAGCUAAGUCCUGAUGAACUGCGAGAAGAGCUUGCUCGUGCGAAUGUCAAGUAUGGCCCCAUCACAGCUACCACCCGAGCCACCUUUGAGAGGAAGUUAGCCCGUGUCCUGGCUGGGCCAGAGAGCAGUGUCACUGAAUCAGACAGUAGCUCUUCUGCAGGCAUAUCAAGCAGCGCAGCCUCUGUUGCUGAUCAUGUCACCUCUGAAGUUGCAUCCACCACUGCUGCAACAACCAGCAGCCCCUUUGAGGAUGUUGUCAAAGAGUUGGACUUUGGCUAUGGAGUGGGUCUUAACCCUCCAGAGGAAGAGGAUAUCUCAGUGAAAACAACCACCAACAGCUCUGCUCAAGGCAGCAACUCCCAGUCCAAAACAGAAACCCCCUCAAAGCUUGCACAAGUAUCCCCAACCUUUUUUUAUGGAGUAUGUCCGCUGUGGGAGGACGUGUUGGCAAGAAAUGAGAGAGCACAUGUGUACACGGAUAAGAAAGAUGCUCUUCAAGCUGUAAAAACGAUGAAGGGUGCUCGCUUUAAAGCCUUUCCCAAUCGAGAGGAUGCGGAAAAGUUCGCCAAGGGCGUCUGCGACUAUUUCCCUUCCCCAAGCAAAUCCAUACCUAAUGUGUCUCCUGUCAAACCAGGCCUGAUCGUCAGCAAAGAUAACAUGGAGGUUGAUACCAUCAACCGGGAGCGUGCCAACAGUUUCAAAAGCCCGCGCACACAAGACCUGACUGCCAAACUGCGCAAAGCUGUGGAGAAGGGGGACGAGGUUGCCUUCAGUGAGCUGGUGUGGAGCAACCCACGCUAUCUCAUUGGUUCAGGAGAUAAUCCCACUGUUGUGCAGGAGGGCUGUCGGUACAAUGUCAUGCAUGUGGCAGCGAAGGAGAACCAGGCUGGAAUCGCCCAACUGCUGCUGGACACCUUGGAGAACCCAGAGUUCAUGCGCCUCAUGUACCCAGACGACCAGGAGGACAUGCUGCAGAAACGUAUCCGCUACAUUGUAGACCUUUACCUCAACACUCCAGAUAAAGCUGGUUUUGAAACACCGCUUCACUUUGCCUGUAAAUUUGGGUGCCCAGACGUGGUCAAUGUUCUGUGCUCGCAUCCUGACGUCGAUAAGAACCGUAAAAACAAGGACGGACAGAAGCCUUGUGAAAUUAUUUGUAGCAGAAAAAACAAAACCCAAGAAGUGAAGCAGAAGAUAAAUGACUAUUUGGAGGACCGCUGCUAUAUCCCUUUGUUGAGGGCAACCGACAACACCUCUCAGCCCAUCAUCGGUGAUCUGUGGUCCCCCGAGUCCUCAGAAAACCUUUCGUUGAUCAAGCGACACCCCAGGAGCCCCAUGGAUCCACUGAUGACCGUCACAGCCUUUGCAGGCCCGCUCAGCCCUUCUAAAGCGGAUGACUUUCGCCGGUCUUGGAAAACGCCACCCAGAGAACGAGCCGAGUUUUUCCACCACAUCCUCAAGUCUGAUCCAUACCGUGGGGUAGAGAGAGUGGGCAGAGACUUGGCUCAUGAGAUGGGUCACCCAUGGGCUGAGUACUGGGACUUCCUGGACAGUUUUGUGGAUCUGUCGUCGACUGAGGGACUCCGAAAGCUCGAAGAGUUUCUGAGCAAGAGGGAUUUCAGCCCACGAGCUCACGAGGAGGCCGGAGAGAACGAGGCCAGCAACAGGUUCAAAAGCCCCUCUCCAGGAAAGCCCAAAAAGUUCUGCAACUCCAUCUCUGUCGGCGCCUUCCUGGAUGAGGGCGACGACAUCAGCCUGGAGGAGAUGAAGAACCGUCAGAACGCAGCACUCACCUCCUCUGCGUCCAAGGAUGGCCUGAAGGGAGCAGUGGGCGGCCACGACUUCCACAUCCUGCCUAUUCCGCUGCACCACCGCGGAGCCGACCUGAUCGAGACGGCGGCCGAGCAGGACCUGCUGUGCUGCUGCAGCAACGGCCUCCUGUCGCCCGGCGUCGUCUGCAAAAGUGGCGCUUGCUCCUCCUCCAGAGACAGGACUCACAAUGGAGACAAGGUGUCGCCUCGCACCUCCCCGUCCUCUUCCUGCCUGCUGUCGCCCAUCUCCAACCUCCUGGUGGAAUUUGAGCGCAUGUCACUGCAAGAACAACUGGACAGUCCCACCACCAGCAGCAGGGAGAGGAAGAGCAGUGGGGGGAGUCGGCACAGGGACUCAACCGCAGACCUGAAUUCAGGGCUGAACCGCAUGUGUCUUGGUCAGAGCGGUCAGGACGAUAAAGCGCUGGAAGGUCCGAGCUGGAGAGCCGAGGGAGAGGAGGCGGAAGAGAGGAGAAGCAGCGGCAGCUCGGAGGAGUAUUUUGAAGCAGAGGAAAGCCUGGAGGUGCUGGGCAGGACUAGGGGGUCAGUCACAGGGGGGCGCAACUCUUGUGCUAGGUCCAAGUCAUGGGACCAUGGAGGUAGAGACCUGAGCAGCUCAGGAUCCUCUGGGUCUUCCUAUAAGUCUCUGGAUAACUCUAAUGAAUUCCUACCCAGGACACCACCGCACACUAGAAGAGGACUUUUCAUCGAUGGGGAGACGCCAACCAAGUUGGACAGAGAAGUCCUGUCGGCGGUCAGCGGCGUAGACAUCGAUCCUCAGAAGUUUCCCAGCAUUCAUAAGUGGAAGAGCACAAUGACGUCAUACUCGGCAUCAGACAUGCAGGGCUGGCCGAGCCCCGCGGUGGUCAAACCACGCCUCAGGAUGCAUCACCAGACUCCCGGCUCCCCGGUCAGCGACCUGAUGUCUCCCAGCAGUCGCUUCAGUCCCGCGCGACACACUGCCUCGCCGGACUUCAGCCCCAGCCGUUACAGCCCUGCCAACGCUAGCUACAUCCAGCGCAUUCGCCUCAAGCACUUAAACGAGCCUGCGAUUUAACCUCCUCCCCUUUUGGCCAU